UCUCUCUCCACUUCUCAGAUUUGUAUCUACCUUGCCCCCUUCCAUCUCUCUCUUCCUUUGUGGUAUAUAAUACACAGCAACUCAACAAUACAGUGGAUCAGAUCAAUGUGGGUUUUUUAAUAUAUUUUCUCUUAUCAAGAAUCCUCUGAUCCGUCAAAUACCCAUCAAUCAAUCAAAUCCAAACACACCCAAAAGAAGAUCGAUCAACAACAAGAAGAAAAAAAAAGAAUGUCAAUGUCGAUGUCUUCCCCUUCAGCUGCUUUUUCACCGGACCACCUCUCCCCCUCCGACCAUCUCUGUUAUGUCCAAUGCGAUUUUUGUAACACUGUCCUCGCGGUCAGUGUUCCUUACACGAGCAUGUUCAAGAUCGUCACCGUUCGAUGUGGUUACUGCACAAAUCUCCUGUCUGUGAACAUGCGCUCUCUCCUCCUUCCGGCCGCGAACCAGCUUCAGCUCGGCCCUCACUCCUUCUUCAACCCUCAGAACAUUCUUGAGGGACUAAGAGAUGCACCAUCCAACGUGAAUAUGCUCAUGAAUCAGCACCCUAGCCAAAAUGACAUGCCGUCCUUCAUGGACAUUCGAGGCCUUGAUCAGCAACUUGAGACUCCCAAAGCACCACCGGUUAACCGACCUCCGGAGAAACGACAGCGAGUCCCAUCCGCUUAUAACCGCUUCAUCAAGGAAGAGAUCCAACGUAUCAAAGCUGGAAAUCCUGAUAUAAGCCACAGGGAAGCCUUUAGUGCAGCUGCCAAGAAUUGGGCCCACUUCCCACACAUACAUUUCGGGAUUGCGCCAGAUAAUCGACCCGUGAAGAUGGCUGGGAUGACCAACCAGGAGGGAGAGGACGGCGUCAUGAAAGAAGGGUUCUACGCUCCUGCAGCCAAUGUUGGAGUGGCUCCCUAUUAGACGUACCAUCGAGGAAUAUAUGGAAAAUCCGUUUUAGGGUUUCUUUCUUCAUGAACUAUUUAUAUCAUGUGUUAUCUUAUGUCGUGUAAUCAAUUGUUGUUUCUGGUGUUCAUGUUAAAUGGUCUUGUAUAACUAGGAGACUGUUUACACUAAGGAGCACUGAUUAUUAAUCCUUGCUUAUUAUUAUUAUUAUUAUUAUUA